AGCUCCAUCCUUUCACGCCCAAACCUGACUAACCCAGCUAACUAGCAUAAUAUGGCGCAGUAACUUUCCUUUCCUUCCAAAGACCAGAAACCUGUAUUCCAGCUAGCAGCCUAGCAUGAUGAUGAGUAACGGGCACCCGGAAUUCCCUGGGUUGCUAUGGCAACUGGCGAGCAGCCUGCACGAGCCUGAUACCGCGACCUACGGGGAACGUGUGAUGGCCCUAUCUGAGCUUCAAUGCAGUUAUGAAGCAGAAGUAUUGUUUUUCAGACAGCUUCAGUGCGCUGUGUCCCGUGUGGUUGCUUUAAGUCGGAUGGGAAUGUGCAGGAGAGGAGCUACAGAAUCGGAAAAGACGAGCGAACAAAGCGAUAUUUUUUGUCGUGCUUUUGGAAACGGCAGUGAAUGGAAGAUGGCUUUUAUGUCUAGAUUCUCCCGAUCACGGAGCAAUUCAAGGUCUCCUAGCAGAAGGGAUUCAGAAAAAGGGUCUCCUAUACUGAGCAUUGCCGAACUCGAACGUCUCCUGUACACUGGAAAAACAGCUUGUAAUCAUGCCGAUGAGGUUUGGCCACGACUCUACAUUGGAGACCAGGACAUUGCCUCAAACCGGCAGGAACUUAUAAAACUUGGGAUUACGCACAUCCUAAACUGUGCACAGAGCAAAUGGCGAGGUGGUGCAGAGAACUAUGAGGGAAUGAAUAUCACCUACCAUGGUAUCGAGGCCCAUGAUUCUCCUUCCUUUGACAUGAGUGUCAACUUCUACCCUGCUGCAGAAUUCAUUCACAAAGCCCUCAGCAUGGGAGGAACGGUGCUUGUGCACUGUGCAGUAGGGGUGAGUCGCUCAGCUACACUGGUGCUGGCUUACCUUAUGAUUCGACAAAACAUGACCCUGGUCGAAGCCAUUAAGACAGUCAAGGACCACCGAGGUGUCACCCCCAAUCGAGGCUUCCUCCGGCAGCUCAGUGGUCUUGACAGCAUUCUUCGUGCCAGUCGAAAGACAACCUGAAACCACCUGUAAACUCUGGAUUCCCACUUCAAACCCAUUGCCUUGGCUAAUGCGUGUACAUGUAGUACCAUCUUUCACACUGUUGUUCUGUGAUCAGUAGAAAUGCCUUACUACAUUAAGACCUCUUGAGGUGUGCAUACUGCCUUAUUCAGUGUUAACCCUGACAUGUUGUUCAAAUGACCAGAUCACUGAGCUUCUUUAACCAGUUCGGUUUCACUUUUUAUUAAAUUGGGCUUGUAUGAGUAUUCACUCCCAUUGUAGCUCUCCACAGUGUUACAACUUGGAUCCAAAGUAAACUAAAUAAGAGUUAUUGUCAUGAUUUAUACGGAAUAGCCUUUAUUAGUUGCAAGGGAAUCAAUAUAAUCAAUAAAAGUUGUAAAGUUUAUGACUGCAUAAAUAUUAACCCCAUUGCUGGGAACAGAAUUGACCUGUAUGUAAUUAAUACAUCACAGGAUCUCAAUUCUUAGAGGACCUCAGUGUUUGCUAGAGGAAAUACCAAACCAAACAACAUCAAAGACCAAGCAACCUUAAAAAAAACAAGAGAAAAUUCUGGAUAAGCAUCAGUCAGAGUUUAGUUAUGUGUAGAAUAUUUAUCGACUCAGAAUCUGGGAGGGAACACUCACUCAAGUCUGUGAGCAGGUACGGAGGGAAUUAGUCAGAGAAGCAACCAAAUGGCCUAUAAAAUGUUCAGGGAAUGUGAAUACUUUUACAAGCCACUGUAAUUCAAUUUCCAAAGCAAACAAAAACAGUGAAUGAAUUAUUGGUACAUAUCCAGCUUUAUCCAACAAUCUAUGCUAUGAGUAGCAGUAUUUAAAAAAACAAAAAAACGUCUGAUUAUCUGUUUAACGGAAUAAGGCUAGCAGCCUGAAAGGGUUAAUUAUAACUGUAUUCAAAGAAAUUAAACAGUAAGAGAAUCCACUAUGAUAGAGAGAAUUCUUGCAACAUAUCUGUUUAUAAGCUGCUUAUUCUAAGCUGAUUUUCUCAAAUGUAAUUUUUUUAUAAUAGGGUUAGUAUUUAUUAUAUCAUGACCUCAGAAGAUUUUACACAAUAUUUAUGCAGCCAUCUUUUGUUUGGCAGCUCUAGCUCUUCAUGUAGCAGUGAUUUGGCCCCUUUUGUAUGAGUUAAUGCAAUAUAACAGAUUCUACAGGAACAUACAGUGUCUGACAUGUCAAUGAAGCAUCUGUUUCUGAUAACUGGGUUUUUAUGGUCAGCAGAAAUGAAUUAAAUAUCAAUUAAUUUGACAAUAUCUUUCAUUCUGUCCAGCCUUAAUGGAGGAACCUAUUAGGUAUUUAAUGUAAUAUUAUGUAUUAGACUAUUAUUAUACAGUGAUUGUAUAUGAAAGUGUUUGUCUGUGACUUAGCUUAAUGAGAAACAUUUUAAUGUAUGAUUUUAGUGUGUCGUUUUUUACGUUUUUUUUUAUAAUCUGCUUUAAAUUGGGACCACAAAAACUUCAAUAAGAGGAAAAAUACUGCACACCAAAUUGUGUCUUACAAACAGUUUCUCUGCUCUCGUUAAGAUCUUACGGAGAAACAUAGAUCAGUUAUACUCUUUUUGUGUGUGUGUGUAUACAUAUACAAGCAUAUUUCUAAAUUCACAAGUGAUAAAUACCUCAAUAGUGUCAGUAUUUGUAACAUGCUGCAUUGGUAAUCAUUUGCCACCAAGCCAUAACUGUGUGGUGUGAAUAAUCUGGGUGUAAUACCAAGUUGUUAGCAUUAGAUAUGUGUACUGUAUGCUGUAUUUUAGUUUAAGGUGUCUUGUGAAUGGUUCUGUAUUGCCCAUUUAGUAUUGUGCCACAGUAUAUACAACUUCCAAAUCGAACUUUUAAAGAAUGAAUUGUUUAAGUGACAGGCUCGACUACAUUCUAACUUGUCCUAAAAUCCACAAGUUACCUUUCAUGAAUAUCGUCCUGCAGCAGCUAAGUACUGUUAUAAAUGAUUGCAAAAAAACCAGCAGCAUCUGUCAAAAUAACACUGCCCGCAUUGUUGAUGAAAACACCCUCUGUGUAAAACCAUUCUUCUGAUACAUUAAAAACGAGUUGGCUGGGAUUUUUACUAUAACAGGAUUUUUAAUCUGGAUGAGGAAUAAUCAUAAUACCAGAAAAAAAUUUUUUUUUAAUUGUGCAAUUAAUAUUUACUUUCUUUUGUAUUGCUUUUCUGCAUUAAAACUGAAGAGUGAAGUAUUGUAAUCUGUCAGUCCACAAGAAUUUCUGAUUGACCAAAAUUGACAUUGUAUUUUAUGUUCUGUAAUCUGUAUUCAAAGCUUCCAUUAUAAUGGACCCUGGUUAUAUCACUACUUGAAUUCUUUUCGGCAGAUUAUGGUUUUUUUUAAUUCCUCAGACUAUGAAAUAAAAAUUCAGAAAUAAAAAGAAGGCCAA